GCAUUACUUCGUCACACACGUUGCUCAGCAGCAGAAGAGACACUGAAGGAAUAUUUAUGGCUGGCUGCAGAUGUGUAGCCCGGGAUUAACCGACAAAAUACAGGCUGAUGGAAAACACACAGAGGCCUGAAAGAGAUGGACACUGUGGGGGAUGAGAAAGAUGAAAAUGGUGAUGAAAAUGAAGAGGAGGCGCCAAUGAGGCGUAGCUUCUCGGUAGAAGACCUCCUCGAUGAGGUGGAGAAGAUCUGUUAUGAUGCCUCAGGGACUUCAAAGGUGGAGAUGGUGGUGAGGCUAUGGAAGGAUGGUUUCACUGUUAAUGAUGAAGAGUUUCGCAAUUACUCCAUACCAAAGAAUCAAGACUUCCUGGAUUCCAUCAAAAGGGGGGAGCUUCCGGCGGAGUGGGGGAGCAGAGCAGAGGAGGAGGAGCUGGAGAUCAGUGUGGAGGACCUGACGGAGGAAAAUUAUGUCCCCAGGAAAAAGACCUUUCAUCCCUUCAGCGGCCGAGGGUACCGACUCGGCAGUGUUGCACCCAGAGUAGUGGUCAGGUCACCAUCUGUGCAAGAGGAUGGAGAAUCUCCUCCUAUUCCCAUGGUAACACUAGACCACGCCCUUCCGGUUACCUCCCUGCAGAUCUGGUUGGCUGACGGCAGGAGAUUGGUGCAGAGGUUUAACCUAUCGCACCGGAUCACUGAUGUUCACGAUUUCGUGGCACGCUGCCAGAGGAGCUGCCCACCUUUUGUCCUGACAACAUCAGUUCCUAUCAGGGAACUGGGCGACAAGGAAUUAAGUCUCGAAGAGGCCGAUUUGACCAACGCUGUCAUCGUCCAGAGACCCCUAGACACACAGUCUACUUUUGGACACUCCUGACUAAAAACACCCCUGUAACACUUAACCCCUUACCGAAAUUUCGCCAUGACCCCGAUUGCAGUCUCAAAGCCUCUUAUAACUUAUAAUGUGUCUUUAUUCUGCAGUGUGUGCUGCUUUUAAUGAUUUAACAGUAUAUUCAUCUACCUGUGGGAGAGCAUAAUGUAGAUAUUGUCAGUUCUUCACCUUCACAGAUGCUGAAGUGCUGCUGUCUCCGAAAAUUCCCAAACUCCAGAGAAGCAAAGUCUGGCACCCGUGCAGAUGGUCAAACAUGUGUGUCCAUCUGUUGGUCUUCCACAUGUACCCCUCCUUUCUUCUUUUACACACACACACACACACACACACACACACACACACACACACACACACACACACACACACACACACACACACACACACACACACUACCACCACCAGCACCAACAACCAACUCUGUAAAGUCUUCCCCAACUGCACUAUAUAAAAAAGGUAAAGGCUGAUAUAUCAAUGUGAGUUUACAAUUAUAUUUAUGAAACAUAUGAUGUUUUGUUUUCACAUUAUUAAUAUUAAUAAUAUAUUAUAAUAUAAAAGGGAUGAUAUGACAGGCUUUCAUUUAUGUUGUUUACAGUUGAGGUCUUUCAAAUAUUAUGCUAUUUUUUGGUGAAAAUUUGCCUUUGCUCAUUGGGGCAGUUUAGUUUUGAAUGUAUGAUGUUUUGUUUUAUUUGACUGCAUCCUUUUGAGACAUAUCAAGGAACAAUAAAAAUAAUCCUCAAAGUUCUAAA